UGAUGACAGAGCAGGACCAUGUGACAUCGGUUGCCAUAAUAACAGCUUCCUUGGCAACAACCGGUCUCUAUUGUGACUAUUCAGUAAGCUUUUAGUUUCCCAGGAUUCCUUUGGGCGAGAGGUCUGUACCUGGACAGAAUGGACUCGGACUUGGAUAGGAUUUCAUUUCUAGCUCAGCCAAAAAAGUCCAAGACUGUUUGGGCCACAACACCUUGGACGCUGACAUGGGGAAACCAGGAAUCAAUCCGGCCGCUGUCCCGCUCGGCAUUACGAGCCGUUCCAAGUCCCAGAAUAAAGGCUCUGGCUCAACAUAAGAGAGACUUCUCCCUCCAGAUUCAGCUCAGGAAAGAGGAAGAGGACAGAAGGAUGAAGAUCUCCCGCCCUUCCUCUCAUGCAGUGCAGUACGAGAACUUCGUCCGUCUAGCGACUCCCAAAAGCAGAGGCAGAAGCGCCCAGGAAGUGAAUUCUCCACACUCAUCGCUGUGUGAGCAUGACUGUCCCAUCUGGCACGUGAGUCCCGGUGUGAGGAACGCGAUGGUCUCACCACGAAUCCUCCAUCUGGCCAACCCUAAAACCAACCACCCAAACUUCACCAGCAACAGACAGAAUGUCCAGACAUUCAUCUCAUAUGCAGCUCAAACAGCCAAGAUGUCACCCAGACUCGAGCAGCUCUCACUGCCCAGACUACGAGAGGACAGACACUUCUAUGACCCCAGACGACCAGAGAGUCCAAUCCGACCUGUGUCUAGAGGAGCAAGAAAAGCCACGGCGAGUUCUCGGAUCCGAGAUUUAUCCGCUCCUAAAGCCCUCUCUAAAGAUUACAUCCCACCCAGAGAACCAACAUGGCAGCCCUGAGAAAACAGAGGAAAACUGUGGUUUCCAGCACAUUCUUCAUCUGAAGUUAUUGUAUUUUGACAUUCUCUCACCAUCUUCCUUUUUUCUAUCAGGAGUUUGGUGACUGGUCUCUUGUUCUUUCUGUCGCUCUGGUUUUCUAAUCAGGGUCUCAGAUUUUGUCUCUGGACAUUUUUUUGACUGAAAUUAAAGUACUAUAUUAUUCUUAGCCUGCUGCCAAACCUGUCUGACUUCUCAAACAGUGUUUUCCGGCUCUAGUAUUUCCAGACCAUCUCUUCUGCACUUUGAGAAAACUCUGUGAAAGAAUGAUAAUCAGCAUCUGGUUGGUAGAUUGGUGUAAGUGUUGUUGCCUGGACUUUGUCUACACAGUUUACUGUAAUAUAAAAUGUAAUAAUUUAAUAUAACAACAGUUAUGUUUAUAUAUACUCACAUUACCGUUCAAAGGUUUGGGGUCAGUAAAAAAUUUUAAGGAAAUAAAUACUUUUAUUCAGCAAGGACCCAUUUAAUUGAUUACAUUUGUUUUAUAAUGUUACAAAAGAUUCUAUUUAAAGCGAAUGCUUUUUGAAAAAUAAUGUAUCAAUUUCCACAGAAAUAUUAAGCAGCACAACUGUUAACAACUAAUAAAUGCUCAAUUAUAAAAAGAAUUAAAGCUCAGUAUUUAAAUAUUUUAAUUUUAUUAUUAUGCUCAUUUGUGUUUGUGAGUUUGGACACUUUCCAGUUGAUCACGUCACUGCAGAAGCCUGUUGGACCUCAAAUCAUUCCAGUUUUUGUUCUCUCAUGUUUCUCAUCUGAUAUUUCUCUAUCUUUUCCUGCUGUUCUCUCAAAGUCUUUCCUAUUCCCAUGAUCCUCCUCUAACUCUCUCUCUGACCCGUGGAUGGCAGAUUCCACUUGUGUCUGUCGAGUCGUCGUGGUAACACACAAUAUCACGGCUCUCCGUCAGCCAUUCAGAAUCAGUAAACAGAUCUAGUUCCUCUCACUGUAUUAACUCGUCAAACAGAACUGAGUCAGAACCUCAUCAGAGGUGAGAGAUUUGUGUGUAAAUCACAUUAGGGAUCAAACGAGGAGGCAUUUCAUCGCAUGAAAUUCUGCUUAAAAUAAAAAUAAAAAUAAA